CCUGAUGAUUUCGCUGUUGAGAAGCCAGGCUAUACGCGUUUCGAAGAACGGAAGCAAGAUGAUCGAUAAAUGUCAGGAAGUUGUACUCCUGAGGGAUCUCGAAGGAAGGAAGGAUGUUGACGUCGCCACCUAUCAAGGUGUGUUUGGUGUUGAAGCAGAUGAAAUCAAGUCGUUGUCUGUGAUGGAGGGCGAUUCUGUCACCUUACAUACUGGUGUGACUAAAAUCCAAGAGGACGAUCUGAUUAUGUGGAUGUGCGGAGACUAUUGCAUCGCUAAACUCAACAUAUCAUCCCAAGCUGUCUUUGAAAAUCACAACAUAUCCAGAGACAGACUGAAGCUGGACAAUCAGACUGGAUCUCUCACCAUCAUAAACAUCAGAACCACAGACUCUGGACUUUAUAAAGCACAGAUGAUUGGACAACAAGUGUCUAAGAAAACGUUCAACGUUACUGUCAUUGCACGUCUUCCUGUUCCUGUCAUCGCCAGUUACUGUCCUCAAAAUCAACCAUCAGGACAAUCCAGAUGUGUGCUGCUGUGUUCAGUGGUGAAUUUGAGUCGUGUGACUCUCUCCUGGUACAAAGGAAACAGUUUAUUGUCCAGCAUCAGUACGUCUGAUUUCAGCAUCCGUCUCUCUCUACCUCUGGAGGUGGAACAUCAGGAUAAAAACACCUACAGCUGUGUGCUUAAAAAUCCCAUCAGCAACCAGACUCAACAUCUGGACAUCAGCGAACUCUGUCAACCAUGUUCAGAAUGUGUCUGCUGUUGUAAUUCAACUGAAGCUGCGAUCCAAUUGGCUGUCUCUGCUCUGGUGGGCGUGGCUACUGUUGUUGUUCUGGUUUAUGACUUCAGAUCCAGAAGAGCUGAACAGAAAAGAAAAGCUGAGACCAUAACUGACUUAGUAUCACAAGAAUAAACCUAUCUUAAGGUAGACCUGUCCCUGUGGCCCGUCAGCAUUAAAGUGCUGACAGGAAGUUGGUUAGUCUUGCAAAAAAACACAACCUGUGAUGACUUAAAAGAACUUUCCCUUUAGGGGGAGGACGUUCUGUCUUUAAAGCCUUGUUUAGAAAGUUAUCUGUGGCUUCAGUUGAGCUACAGGAACAUUUGAACUUACACACCUUUGUUUGAGAACCAUGUUUACUUUUUAGCAACCCUCAGUAAAAUCUAUUCUGGUGUGUAUUACCUACUUUCUCCAGGGCACUUACUCAUUUACCAGCUGAUGCACCAUUAUUAUAAGUACUAGUACAAGUGGUUAGUACCUACCCUGUUAUGAAAGGUCAUCAAUGUUGAUUAUGGAAUUAUCUGUUAGAAUUGUUACUCAGAGCCUAUUUUUUAUGUCAUGCAAUGAUUUCUUUGUAAUAAAUGUGAAAAACAAUUGUUAUAAUCAUAACUUUUCUAUUGUGCCAUUAUCAAAUGUCUUUUACAAGAUAUGCUAACGUGUAAUGAUUUAUUUAAAAUACACGUGGUAUUACAAUUAGCAGCUGGCAUUUAAGAACAUUUUAAUUGACAGGUUAUGUCUUUGUGACGUUUUCGAGUGGGCGGGGCCAACCGUGACUUUUCGCGAUUUUCUCAUUGGAUUGUGAAUUCAUCAGAUCAGUUCCUCACUGAAGAACCGUCAACGCCUCAAUAAUUCACUCGUGUCAGGACGCCGUUCGGUUAACGUGACGACUGAGGAUAAGCGGAUCCGGGUGCAGCUUUGGUUAAAAAGCUUGACAUCGCCAGUGGAGCUGACAUUGCCUUUUCUUCACUAGCUUCCAUUUAUUUCGUCCUUUGGUGUGCUACCUGAGG